GCCAUCUUUGUUUCAGCUAGCCGACUCCUGCUUGGAAUUACGAUGUGGCUCUUAGCUUGCUAACCUACUCCCCAUUAGCCUACAUCGUCUCACUCAAUACCACUACGUGUUAAUCUAUCAAUUAAUACAUUCUCCAUAUUUACGUGUGUGUGGUUGAUCUUGAGCGUUUCGUGUUUUUGGCUAACCGCGAGAUCGCUUCGAGGGCAGCUCUAAUUCACUAUGUUAUGAAGGGCGGAAGCUAACUCUGCUAACUAGCCAGCGGCAGCCAUCUUAGGCGAGCAUGUAAUCUUGGCUAGCUGGAAGUGUUGGUGUGGCACAACAAGAUGGCCUGUUAAUACUCGCAAAGGGAGUAUUUCCGCGUCGGGGUUUGUGUGAUAAACGGCACUAAUUUCCGCACGUCUGCUCACUGACCAGAUCAACAACGCGGCGCUGACCAAAACAAAGAUCCGUCCCCCCGAUUCCUUUUUUUGUGUCACCGCCCGGCAGGAAAACGGAGGUCGUGGGGCUGGAGUGUGUUCUCAUGGCCGAGUCAGAGACUGAAUGUGACACACCCGGCCUUGACACGCUUGGGUCGGAGUGUGUCAUAGCCCACAGCCAUGUCGACCUUCACUAUGGAGCAGAAACGGAGAUCAUGACGGAGGAAAAGCGUGGUUUAGAACUGGAGAUCCACGGCUCAGACUUAAAGAUCCAGGGACUGGGGGCAGAUCUCGCUGUAGCCUGUGUGGACGCGGUUGUUGAGACAGACCAUGAUUACAUUAAGGUUGAACACGGUGAAAUGCACUGCUUCACGGCUGCGGAAAUCAAGACCUCAGGAAAUGAGACCCUACUGGGAGAGGUGCUGCUCAAGACGGAAAGCGAGCACGUGGUGAAAGUGGAGUCCGACCACGGCGGGGAGUUGACCGUGGAGUCUGAGAAUGGCGUAAUCAUACACGAAGCCCACGGCCUGCAGUGCAACGAGUGUGGGGAGAUUUUUGGCAGCAUAGCCGAUCUUCACCAACACUUUGAGAUCCACAAGGACCUCAACCCUUACAUCUGUGUCCACUGUGGUGAGAGCUUUGCUGUGGAGGCAAGCCUCAAACAGCACAUGAAGAUUCACAUGAAAGAAAAGCCCUAUGUUCCUCCCGGAGUCGAGAUUAUGGGCAAAGAUGUUAUUGACGCCUUCAGCCUCAAGUCUCAUCAGAUGAUUCACUUGCCGGACAAGCCGCACAGAUGCUCGGAGUGCGGUAAGAGCUUUGCGGCUGCAAUCACCCUGAGAGAACACAUGAAGAUGCAUUCAGAAGACAAGCCUUACAAGUGCACCCAGUGUAGGAAGAGCUUUGUCCGCAGAAGGCAUCUGAAAAAGCACCAGGAGGUGCACGCACGCGAGAAGCCGUAUACCUGUGGCCAGUGUGGCAAAGGCUUCGCCACAACUUCCAACCUGAAGCAGCACCAGAAGACCCACGCUGCAGUCGUGCUUGGGGACAAACCCCAUCGAUGCGCACAAUGUGGAAAGUGUUUCGCGGCCGCGGCCACUCUGAGAGAGCACCAGAGGAUCCACUCGGGUGAGAAGCCCUACAAAUGCAACAUGUGCAGGAAGAGUUUUGUCCGCAAACGCCAUCUGAAGAAACAUCAGCAGGUCCAUGCCGGAGGUAAGCCCUACACCUGCAGACAUUGCAACAAGGGCUUCAAUCACUCCUCUUCCCUCUCUCGCCACCACAAGACCCAUCUGCAGAAUCCGGUAUUUUCCCCACCUCAGCCUGGGAAGACCUUGUCGUACGGCACUCCGCCUAAGCAGAGGGUGCACCAGCAGGGAGACAAGCCCUACAUGUGCCACCACUGUGAUAAGGGCUUCAAUCAUUCCUCUUCCCUGUCACGGCACCAAAGAGUCCACUCAGAGGGGAAGAGUUACACCUGCGCUCACUGUGGCAAAAGAUUCAAUCACUCCUCGUCCCUCGCCAGGCAUCAGAGGGUCCAUUUGGAGAAUAAACAGCAGCAGCAGCAACAGCAGCAGCCACAGCCACAGCCCCCGCAGCCACCACCGCAGCACUACAGCCCCAUGCCCACAGGGAAGGGAUUCCCUAACAAUGCCUUCCCGAAACAGCGCGGCCUGUCUGUUGAAAAACCAUACCGGUGCUCCCAGUGUGGCAAAGGCUUCAACCAUUCAUCCUCCCUCUCCAGACAUCAUAGGAUCCACGUGGACCAGUGAGCUGCGCUUGCCGCCCUCACGCGCUCUCUCAUGCAAGCAAAAAAAAGAAGAAAAAUGCCCCCCUCCCUUCCUCCCAGUUUUCUGCUCUAACAAUGGUCCCAUCAUUGACAUCACCACGUCACAGGAAACAUCAGGCCGACUUUGAUAGACGACAGUGGUCGGGUCAGCAUAGUGCCACGUUUAAGUGGAACAAUUAAGCAAAAGUGGACAGUAACAUGGGUCUUCUAAAGGGGGCCGUGUCACCUAUAAUUCCGAGCUGAAUCUGGGACUUGAUCAAUAUAAAGAGGGUAUGAUUAUAGAUGGUGAUGGAGCUUCUAUUCCUGUUUGUGAUUGUGCUUCACUCGCUCUAGGACCUCUUGAACACUUUUAAUUAAAAAAAAAAUGUGAUUUGGUGAUCUAAAAUUGUUACUUAGGUAAAAUAUGCUUCGCCCGCAGUUAGUCUUUUUGAUAAAAGAAUUGAGUUUAUGUAUUCAGGUGGGCACGUGCGCUUUUCAGCUGCAACUAUUUCCAAGGCCGACAACCCAAUUAAUGAACAAGAACUAGUCUCAAUUUAAAUUUCUUUUCCACUCUAACAGACAUGAAGCAAACAUAAAAAUUUCAAUGUAAAUAUUUGAUUUUCUUUUAUAUAUAUGUAUAGGUGACUAGUGUGCUGUUCAAAAAGAUUACAUUUUUGAUGGUAAGAUCCACCCUGUCUCCCUUUUUUUUUCUUUUAUGACUUUAAUUUGUUUUAAGUGUUGGAGAUAAACAUGUUGCAGGUGUUCUCAUGCAGAUUGUUCUUGAGUUUGGGCUCCAUCAGACGUGAGCCAUCUUGUAUAUUUAUAAGGUUGUUUUCUUCUAUGUCUACGAUGGGUUAGCAACACUGCUGCAUCCACUGUACAGAGAGCAAUACUGGCUAACACCCUGAUUAUAUUACCACAUGCAAUUUAGCCAUUAGGAAAUGCAUAAUAGAAAAUAAAACCCUACUUGGUAGCUUAUUCCAACAUGAUCUGUGUCCUAAUUAUUUACUGUGCAGAUUCCUCUGUACCCCUUGCACCAAAUGUACAUGAAAUGCAACAUCCUGUUUUGUUUAUACCGUUGGGAGACUAAUUCAAUUUACUUAUGUAUAGACUAAAGGUGACUUACUCGUGGUCAGCGAAAUGAUCAGUCUGAAAAGGUUGUGUAUAUUGAGACUAAUGAAGUCUCACUAUUACAAGGCUUAAACAUUUCCCCUGAAUUCCAGUGGAUGGCCAGCUCUAUUUACUGUUUUGUGUAAAAUAUCUUUUACAAACUGUAUUUUUUUAGAUAUGGCUUGGGUUAUAUGAAAGGGAAUGAGAGCUAUACAGUUUUUAUGGGAGUGAACAUCACAGUGAGCAAUAUUUUUCUUUUCCUUUUUGUUAACAUUUGUGCUUCAGACUGUAGCAUAGGUCUCUUCCUUGUGUUAGAUAGGUGCCUUAUUGCAUGCUGUGUAGAAAUAUAUGCCGAGCUGUUAAUUGAGACAUGUUUUCAGGAGUCUUUUGUUAUUCAUACCAACUUACCAUACGUUUUAAUUUGUCACUAUCGAUUGCUUCUUUUGCUUUCAGCUAUAUUAUUACAAUGUGUUUACACUGUUACGCCCAUAAUUGUCUUUAUUUUUUCCCCUUCAUUUUUUUGUCAAUGGCCUCAUUGUAGAGAGAACAUUUGUAAAUUAUCCAUAUAGCCUUCUCUUAAGGGCAAAUCCUGUAACACCUCUUCCCAAUCUUUGACUGGCACAAAUAUGGAUAAAUAAAGGUUGUUGACUCAU